AUGUGGAAUAAUAAUUCAUUCGGAAUACUAAUUUUAAAAAUGUUUGCUCUGGCUUUAUUUUUAUUGGGUUAUUUUUAAGUCAAGACAAUCUUUGAAGAUGUUUAUGAAAUAGAAUCAUCAAAUAAUUAACCCAUGAAAAUUAUUUUACUUUUAGUUGAUGCUUUAAGGGUUGAUUUAUUUGCUAAUGAAAAUUUAACUUUCUAUUAGGAUAUGGUGGAAAAUAAAGAAGAGUAUUAAAUUUUAUAUUAUGGAAUAUCAUCAGCACCAUCAGCAACUUAACUUAAUUUAAAAUCAAUAACAACAGGUAAUUUUCCAGCAUUUAUUGAUUUUGGUUUUAAUAUGGCUGCACAAGAACUAAUAGAAGAUAAUAUAAUCUAUUCAAUGAAAAGAAAAAAUAAAACUAUUGCAUUAUUAGGAGAUGAUACAUGGUUUCAUAUGUUUCCAAAAUCAUUUGAUUUUAAGUAUGUUUCAGAAUCAUUCGAUGUUAGAGAUGUAGAUACUGAUGAUAAUAUUAUAAUUAAUAAUAUUGAAGAAUUAAUUAAGGAAAAUAAAUAUGAUUUUAUUGUUGGACAUCUUCUCGGAAUUGAUCAUAGUGGACAUCUUUAUAAUGAUAGCAAUUAAUAAUUAUGGGAUAAAUAAAAAUAAUAUUCAGAAUUAUUAUAUAAUAUUUAUAAUCAAAUGGAUAAUAAUACAAUAUUAUUUGUUGUAGGAGAUCAUGGUAUGUCUUAAGAUGGAAAUCAUGGAGGAGAUAGUUCAUAUGAAAUUAGUUCUACAAUUUAUGCUAUUAAUAAAUAGUAUAAAUUUAAUAAAAAUCUAUUUAAAUAAUCUAUUAUUAAUGAUCGAUAGUAUUUAAAUUAGUAAUUUAUUGAUCGCAAUUUAUAUGCUCGAUAAGUAUUAAGUAUUAAUUUAGCUCCAACUAUUUCAUAUUUAAUGGGAAUAUCUAUACCAUUUAGUAAUAUGGGUGCUAUUUUAAGUGAAAUCAUUUAAACUAAAGAAUAAUAAGAAAUUAGUUGUAAAGAAAAUUUAAUCUAAAUUAUGAAUUAUUUAAAUAAAUUAAUAUAACCAUAACACUAAUUUGAAUUAAACCUUAAUAAAUAUCAAUCAUAAUUAUCAAAACAUGGAUUAACUUGUCAAAAUAUUUAAGAGGUAAUUUUGGAAUUGUAAAUUGAAAUUAAAGAAAAAUCCAAAGUAUAUGAUUACACCUUAUUAUACCUUGGUUUAAGUUUAAUGAUAAUCUUAUUUGCGUUACAUAUAAUUAAAUAAUCUGAAUACUUAUUUAAUAAAAAGUUCCUAAAUAAAAAUCAUUAUAUCAUCUACAGGACGGAAUUUUUACUUAUCAUUUUGCCAGUAGCUACAUUUAUUUACUUAUUUUUUUCACUUUAAAUAACAAUCAAAUUUCUAUCAUUUUAUCUAAUAUUUAUCAUUUUAAAAUAAAUACUUUUUCCACUAACUUCAAUUAAAAACAUAAUAAUUAUUUUUUAAAAAAUUAUUAAACCUUUACCACAUUAUAGAUAAUACUUUUUUAUUACUACAAAUAUAUUUAUAUAGAAAGGAUUUCAAGAAUUAUCACAUGAACGUUAAAUGGUUUUAUCAUCAAAUAUUUUAGGCAUUUUACUAAAUAUUUUCAUUAUUCUUUUAAUUACAUAAAGUCAAUUGAUAAAAUAAAUAAAAUAUGUUUUAUUAGGGAUUUCAUUAUUAAUUUUAGCUGAAUAAUAUAAUAUUUCUAAUAUAAAUACUUUGCCUAAAUCCCCUUUAAUAAUGAUGGAAAUGAACUACAUUUUUGAAUCAUUUUGGAUUAAGAUGAUUUUACCAAUUAUUUUUUUGUAAAAAAUACUUUUGAAAUUAAAAUUUAAGUAAUUUUUUCUUCAAAUUUUAGCAAAUUAUUUUAUAUCUUUUUAGGCUUAGCUUAAUUUAUUUGUUUAUUUAACCACAGUUUUAAAUUUCAAGAAUAUAAAGAAAAAUAUUUUGUAGAUGGUUUUAUUCUGAUAAAAUUAAUAACAAUAUAUUUUCCAAUGCUUUUAUUCAUAAGCUCUUUAACUAUGACAAUUAUAUUUUGUGAUAUUAGCUAUUGUAAUAAUUUAAAAUGAACAUAGUGUUUUUAACCAUAUUAAUAGUCUCUGGUAAAUAAGGAAUGAUGAUAUACUGUUGCCUAUUUUAUUCAAUUUAUUAUUUGAUGAAAUUUUUUAUAAAAGCUGAUAGAUCUUGGCUUCCCCCUAUAGCUGGAGCUACAAUAUAAUUAAUUUUAAAUUAUAGUUGGUGCUGUUUAGGACAUAGAAUGUCAUUUAGUACUGUGAAAUUUUAAGAUUCACUUAUUGGCACAGAAACUUUUAACGUAACAUUUAAUACUUUAUUAUUAAUAAUACAUAUUGUAACUAUUUAUAUAAUUAUUUAGUUUGGUGUAUUUUUGACUCUAGAUAUAAUUAAAAGGAUUACAUUCUUUAUCCUAAAUGAAAAUGAAAAGUAAGAUUAAAGAUUUACAGAUUAUUAAUUUAAUAAUAGAAUUAUAGACUUUUUGAUAAUUUCUCAGUUAUCCCAACUAACCUUUACAGCUAUUCAUAAUACAAUAAAUUUAUAUCAUCAAAAUAUUUUAGAACUAUUUGCAUAAAAAAUAAUUUAUGAAUCAAUCAUCUUUACAAUUAUUAUUUUGACUAAAUUGGUAAUCAUAAUAUUUGAGAAAAUGAAAUAUUAUAAAAAAUUUGCAUUCUCACAAUUUCCAACAUAUUAAAAACUAAGAAAUGAAAUCAUAGAUAAAAAUAAAGAUUGA